GGUGGUAGUGUCGAUUUUCCACAUUGCAGCCAAGUCUUUUAGUUGAUCUUCCUUUACUGGAAAUAAAAAUAAGUUUCCUUUCUCUUUGAAUAUUUUUCUUUCAAUUAAGAAUACAGUUUAAGCUUCAACCAAAAAUGGGAAAUGAAUCGUCUUUGCCCAUGGAAAUGUGUUCCAACUUUGAUGCAGAUGAAAUCAAGCGAUUGGGCAAACGUUUUCGUAAACUUGAUUUGGAUAAUUCUGGAUCUUUGAGCGUUGAUGAGUUUAUGUCCCUUCCAGAAUUGCAACAGAAUCCUCUUGUACAAAGAGUCAUAGAGAUUUUUGAUACAGAUGGAAAUGGAGAAGUUGAUUUCAAAGAAUUCAUUGAAGGUGUUUCACAAUUUAGUGUAAAAGGAGAUAAAGAAUCAAAGCUCAGGUUUGCUUUUCGCAUUUAUGAUAUUGACAAUGAUGGCUAUAUUUCUAAUGGCGAGCUCUUUACUGUUUUGAAAAUGAUGGUUGGAAAUAACUUGAAAGAUACUCAAUUGCAGCAAAUUGUUGAUAAAACUAUUCAGUUUGCUGAUAAAGAUGCUGAUGGAAAAAUUUCCUUCGAAGAGUUCUGCAAUAUUGUUGGAAAUACAGAUAUCCAUAAAAAGAUGGUUGUUGAUGUAUAAAUGUGUGGAAAAUUUUCUCUGAUCUCUUUACAAUUUCUUCGUAAAUUUUUAAAACUAUUUAAAGGAGGUUGUUAUUUUUAAUGUAUUCAUUUUAAAACCAUAUUUUCCAGUUAAUAUACUCAAUUUUAUUCUGCAAUCAUUCCUGAAUGUUUUUUCCCCUCUCAUUUAUUAGACUCUUUUUGUUGUUAUUAAAAUUUAUGGGUAAACAAAUUUUAAAAAGAUUUAUUGUUAAGAUUAGUGUUGCUUUUUAGUGAAAUUUUAUAUCGAUAGAUAGAAUGUUACAUCAUUAUAAACUAUGUGUUACACAUUUAUUAAAAUAUAUAUAAAAAAUGUAAAUGAGAAAUGAAUUUUAAGUAUCAUUAUAUUGAUGGUAUUUCUCAUCUAAGGAACUUAAUGUCUGCUUGGCUGUGUAACAACACUUCAGUAAUUUCAGAUAAUAAGGCUGUAAUAGUUAAGACAUCCUGUAUUUGUUUAUCUUUUAGGUUUGUUGUUUUGUACAUUUAAAAUUAUUGAUUUUAUAAUAUUGUGACAAAAUGUAGUAAAAUUUAGCCCUCUGGAUUAAAGCAGUAGUCUUCAAACUAUGUUCCGCAGAACCUUUCAGUUCCUUACAUAAAAAAAGUAUAUAUAUAUAUAUGUACAGGGUCCAACAAAUUCCUGAUAACUGAAAAGAUUCCUUGUCGACACGCUCUUUGAAAAUACUCUGAAUUUUCCUAUAAAUAUGAGAAGUAACUUUUCUGGUAUCUAAAAUUUUACAUUUUUUGUCGAAGUGUGUAUAUUGCAGUUUGAAAAGAAUAGUGACACAACUCAAAAAAGUAGCUUUUUCGGGAAAUCAUUUUUUUAGAUUGCUGCAAUUUGUAAUUUAUUGUUGUUUCAUUCAUAACAAUUUCUUAAUUAUUGUAAUGCCCCUUAAAAAUGGUUAAUAAUAUUCUUUUUGUUUAUUUCAUGCAGUUUUUGCGCUAGUCUUUUAGGUUUCCAAGAAGUUUUUAUCAAAUUUAGGUUAAAUUAGGUUUUAAUCAAAAUUGCCAUCUACUGGCAACUUUGCUAUCUGCGGCUUGUGUCUUUAAUCUAUAUAAAAUAUCCCUUUUGUAAAAGUAUUAUCAAUUAAAAGUCUCAUUUUCGGUAUUUUUUGAGUUAUGUCACUGUUCCUUUCACGCGAGGUUAUGUACAUAACACUGCUAGUUUAUAAAAUUUAUCAUCUAAAGAACAUAAUGAAGAUUGAUUGGGAAAAGCAGCUACUGUUGACAUUGAUAAGGCUGCAUUUUGUUAGAUAAUGUAAAAAAUCAAGCACAUUGCACUUUCCAAAUACAGUAUAGCACCCCAAUUUUGGAGUCUCAAAAUCUGGAAGACUCGAAACUGAAGACUUUUUUCCUCAAUUAAAAAAAAUUUUUGAAAAGGAAAUAUGUUUUUGAAAAUACAUAGACAUUUUAAAUAUUUUGAGUACUUGUUACUGAAUUAAACAAAAAUGAUAAUAAUAAUUCUGAUUUCAAUUGUAUAAAAUUGUUACCAACUUAUUAUUACUUGUUGAAAACACAUUACUUUUUUUUUUCUUCUUUGAUGCCACAUUCAUGCAUAAUUAUUAAAGUGAAUUGUUUCUGAAAUGUUGCAGCAAUCUUUUAGCAUUUGGUUUAUGGUACUUUUGAUUUUCUCACUAGUAUGCGAUAUAAGGCAUAUUUAGCUAAAAUAGCCAUUUUACGAUUUUUUUAUUGUAUCAGUCCGCAUGUGGAGGAAAAUCGGCAUAACAAUAAAAAGUAAAAACCACGGAUCAUAUGCAGUUGCAAAUUACCUCCACUUAAUUUUAGUAUACAGAUGUAUGUUUUCAUUCAGAUUGAUAAGCAAAAAAAGAAAGAAAUUUGGCACAAAUAUUUGAAAUUUGGAACAGCAUAUUCAUUGUUUUUUGAGCUAGGAUCUAACAGUCAGAAAGUUACAAAAUCUGAAAAAGUUGUAGACACGAGAGUUCUGGAUCUGUAUGAUAGAAAGGUAUGUGCCACUUAAAGCUCAAGGUAGUGCUAUUUAACAUUAAUUUUGUGUUAAGAUUUUUCAUUUAAGAAAGGCACUAUUUCGAUUCAAUUGUCUGUAGAUAUUGUACCCAUAACAUAUUGUUCUACUUUAAAUAUUACUUUAAGAUAAAUAUUUCUACAUGUGGAAUGGGCCUAAUUUAGUUUUAAAGGUUCUCUUAAGUCAACAAAGUUUGAAAACUGCUGGCUUAAAAUUUUGUAUUUUACUGUUUUUGUACUGUAUUUGUAAGCUCAAAAAUGAAUUUCAUAUUUUUAAAAUGAAAAUUGAAUUACUCAUAUCAAAGCUCAAGUCUAAUUUCUUAAUCUUGCAAUAUGAAAAUCUUUACAUUUUGUAUAAAAUUAUUUUGAGAAUCUUGUACUCAUUUUUGCUACUAUAUAAAUAUAAUAAUCUAAACCUGUGAUAACUUUUAACUCUUUUAAGUUAUAAGAAAGAAAAAGAUAUGUAUUUUAAUGUAUUCUUUAGAAUAGCCCUUUUUUUUAAUUUAGGUGACUUCAGAUUCUUAUUUCAUUCUAUUUUAAUCAUUUUUGCAUUGGUAAGCAUGUUGGUUUGCAUGCUUUAUUUCGUAAUCUGCUUUACAAAAAGGAAAGUUUUAUUUUUAAAAAAUGUCAUAAUUAAAAGGAUAGUAGUUUAAAUAAAUUGGUGCUUUUAUUAAAUUCCUCGGGAGAUGAAGCUUUAGUUCAUCAUUUUAAUAUCUCUAAGUCUUUAAUUUUUAAAUUCUGUAUGAGUGCUGGUUUUUUUAUUAGAAUUUUAGUGAUGAAGUCACUGCCAUAUCCUAAAGUCUAAUUAGUAAUUUCUUCAUUUUGCCUUGAUUCUUUUGUCAGAACCAAAUUUUACAUUCAUGUUCAUAAAUAAAUAAAUUUAUAUAUAUAUAUUUAUUUAUUUAUUUAUUUAUUUAUUUAUUGCAUAUACAGUGAAACCUGUGUAAGCUGACCACUCGCGGUGCAGUAAUUUGGCGGCCAACUUAGACAGGUGGUCAACUUAUAAAGGGCGGUAAUUAUUUUUUUUUUUUUUUUUUUUUUUUGUCAUUUCUUGCACCAUGUAUUCAUUUUUUGACGAAUUCACCCUUACUCUUUCUGUUUAACUCAAACACUAAUUAAAAAUACUAUUCAAAUAUUUUUGUCAUUUUUUUCUUGUUUUCAACCAUAUUAGACACUAACUCUGGAAAUUCCAUAUGUGCCCAGCUAAUUUCCUCUGGCUUUCUCCCUUUUCAAUUAAUUUUCAUAUUUCAUACUUUUUAUUAAUCUCAAGUUCAGUUAACUUUCUUUUUUAAGCCUUUUUAUAUAAAACUUAUAGCAAAAAGAGCAACAAGCUCGACUCUCUCAGUUAAUAAAGGUAAAAUGUCCUAUUUCUUAAUCCCUUGCACCAGAAAUAUGUGACUUUACUAUUUAGCAGGCCCACAUCUGCGUACGUGCAGUGCGGGGGUUCACGUCCUUAAGGGGGCUAACGCCCUAGAAAUUGAAAAAAACUAGCACUAAGACUUGUUAACUUUACAAAUAGACACUGCAGGCUACUAGGGAGAGGCCCUACAUAUUUUGUUGCAGGGGACCCAAAAUUUAUAGAUCCGGGCCUGUUCUUUAGCACAAUUCCAGUGUUGCCACAACAUAUUGCAACUGAAAAAAACUUGCACUUUUUUACUGACACCUAUUUUCUUUGAACAGAGAGUGGGCUAUCUUAAAUAGAGAAUAACAAAUGAAAAACAAGUUGGAGAAUAAGGAGCAGCAUAAGCUUUAUGUUUGCGGUUUUAUUUAGUGAGUAAAAUGUUAGUAAAAGCUAGUAAAAUGCUAGUAAAAGCAUUAAAAAUUUUCUUGGAAAGCUAUCAAAAAAAAAAAAAAGAUAAAUAAAUAAAUAAUAAAAUAUAAAAUAAUUGCUGAAGAAAGUUUUAAAAAAUAAACCAAGUGGCCAACUUACAAAGGGUUUUUUACAAUACUCCAAACCAAAUUUGGUGUAUAUUAGUGGUCAAGAUAGACAGGUGGUCAAGUUAUAGAGGAUUUCUUUCAAUAUUUGACUAAUUCCGUUCCUGACAAAAGCGGUCAACAUAGACCGGUGGUCAACUUACAAAGGUGGUCAACUUUACAGGUUUUACUGUAUAUAUAUUCAUUUAAUUUAUGCAAAUAUAUUCAUCUUUACUUGAAUUUCAAAGGUUGGAAAUAUUGAAAAAAGAACAUGUUUCUGAUAUUCAAUUAAAAAGAAGAAA